CACUGAUAGGUGGCACUGACUGGCGGCACUGCUGGGCACUGACUGGCAGCACUGCUGGGCACUAACUGGCACAACUGCUGGGCACUGACUGGCAGCACUGCUGGGCUGCACUGAUGGGUGGCACUGAUGGGCACAGGUGGGUGGCACUGAUGGGCAGAGGUGGGUGACACUGAUGGGCACAGGUGGGUGACACAGGUGAGUGACACAGGUGGGUGGCACUGAUGGGCACAGGUGGCUGGCACUGGUGGGUGGCACUGCUGGGCACAGGUGGGUGGAACUGGUGGGUGGCACUGCUGGGCACCGAUCAUCAGGGUACUGAUCAUCAGUGCCUGAUGAUCGGUGCCGAUCCCUGCUCUGACAACUGCCAGUUCUCGGCAGUACUUUCCCCACGAUCUGACAGCGUGAGGAAAGUGCAGCCGAGAACCGGCAAUUGC